UCCCAUCAUUCCUUUGACCUCCGAUCUCUUUGAUCCGGACCUGGAUCUCGCUAUCCACCUGUUCGCUCUCCACCGCAUUGCCUUGGCUUCCAGCAGCGUGACCACCACGUUGGAGCCACGGGGACUACUUGAUACUCGUCGACCCUCGAGUUUCGACUGCGCCAGUCGCAAGUCAACUUUCUCCUGCGUGUCUGCAAGAUGGCGACGACAGUGACCGAGUUCGUCACGAAUACAGUGACCAGGACUGCCGCGGCGGCAACAGCAACAGGCGUCAAGCCUCAAGGUGGGAUUCUCGAAGGAGAGAAUCCCAGCCAGUAUGACUCCAAGAACCCCAUUAUCCUCUUCAUCAUCCAAGCCGGCAUCAUCAUCGGUUUCUGCCGCCUCCUCCAUUGGCCUCUCUCGAAGAUGCGCCAACCUCGAGUCAUCGCCGAAGUCAUAGGAGGAAUCAUGCUAGGUCCCACCGUAAUGGGACGGAUACCUGGAUUUUCCGCCGCGAUCUUCCCUCCAGCCUCAAUACCGAACCUCAAUCUUGUCGCGAACUUGGGAUUGGUGCUUUUCUUGUUCUUGGUGGGACUAGAGGUGGAUGUGAGAUUCUUCUUCAGCAAUUGGAAGGUUGCGCUGAGUGUGGGCACGGCGGGUAUGGCAUUGCCGUUCGGCUUGGGAUGCGCAAUAGCUUGGGGAUUGUACAACCAGUUUGGGAAUGAGCCGGAUAUUGUGGACAUCAAUUUUGGGACCUUUGCGUUGUUCAUUGGUAUUGCCAUGGCGAUUACGGCCUUCCCUGUGCUAUGCCGUAUCUUGUCAGAGUUGAAGUUACUCGGGACACCAGUCGGUGUGAUCACGCUAUCAGCCGGUGUGAGCAACGACGUUGUUGGCUGGAUUCUGCUCGCUCUCUGCGUUGCUCUGGUUAAUGCUGGCAGUGGACUCACAGCUCUGUGGGUAUUGCUGACCUGCGUGGGAUACGCUCUUUUCCUGUUCCUGGCAGUUCGUCCGGUCUUCUUGUGGUACCUCAAGCGCAGCGGUGCUCUUCAGGAUGGUCCAUCCCAGUCCGCGGUUGUACUGACUCUUAUGAUCGCACUGGUCUCGUCCUUCUUCACAGGAGUCAUUGGUGUACACGCCAUCUUCGGGGCUUUCAUGGCUGGCUUGAUCUGUCCCCACGACGGAGGUUUCGCCAUCAAGUUGACCGAGAAGAUUGAGGAUCUGGUCACCGCCCUGUUUCUCCCUCUCUACUUUGCCCUCUCGGGUCUCUCCACGAACAUCGGUCUGCUCGACGACGGCAUCACUUGGGCCUAUGUGAUCGGCGUUAUCGCCAUUGCCUUCAUCGCCAAAUUCGCUGGAGGCACUUUGGGCGCCAAAGUCAAUGGCUUAGUGUGGAGAGAAUCCUUCACGAUCGGCGCCUUGAUGUCUUGCAAGGGACUUGUCGAAUUGAUCGUGCUCAACAUCGGACUGCAGGCUAGAAUCCUCAGUGUACGAACGUUCACGAUAUUCGUGGUCAUGGCUUUGGUCACCACCUUCGCAACGACUCCACUCGUGCAAUUGCUGUACCCUCCGUGGUAUCAGAGGAAGCUGGAAGCCUGGAAGCGUGGUGAGAUCGACUGGGAUACCGGCAAGCCGAUCAGUGACUCUACGACAGAGACCGACAGCAUGGCGGUGCAGAAGGAGGAGUCUGCUAAGAUCAGGAACCUCCUUGUGUACUUGCGACUGGACAACAUGCCUACGCUUUUGGCGUUUGUCUCUAUGCUCGGGAGGAAACCAACGCAGAUCGCAUUAAGAGAGCACCCUUCCCGCGAGGCAGAGAAGGACUUCAAACCCGAGCAAGAUUCUCACAAGAACCGCAGUGUAGCAGUACACGGUGUGCGACUUGCCGAGCUCACAGAACGUGGAUCGGCGGUGAUGAAAGUGUCCGAGGUAGACGAGUACGCCGCUUUCGACCCGGUGAUCAACGCAUUCCGAGUCUUGGGACAACUCUUCAACCUCGCAGUCUCCGGCGAAGUGACUGUCGUUCCUCAGGCCAGCUUCGCAGAUACACUCGUCAACAAGGCUGUCGAAGAACAAUCCGACCUGCUGCUCAUUCCCUGGAGCGAGACUGGCAAUUUGAGCGAGAUGCAAACCGUCGUCUCCAACGACAACGUACGCAACAAGCUCUCGAGCGACACAUACACGGCGUUUGUCCGGCAGGCCCUCGACAGCACGCAGUGCAACACGGCUGUGUUCAUCAACACAGGAUUCUCCGGGUCGUUGAGAGAGCGCCAGGCGACGCUGCACCGCACUGUUAGCGGCAUGAGCAUGCGCAGCGCCCACCGCGACCACCCGACGACACUGUUGAAUGUCGAUCAGAGCCACCACAUCUUCAUGCCUUUCUUUGGCGCUGGAGCGGACGACCACGUGGCGUUGAGGUUGGUUCUGCAACUGGCUGAGAAUCCCGGAGUGACGGCUACGAUCGUGUACUACGAGGCUGAAGACUCUAUCACCGCGGCGCCCACUGAACCUCAAGGCGAAACCUCUGAGAAGCGCCCGACCUUCUUGACUGCCGUGUCAACGACGUCCCAUCGCUCCGAGUCCGCCUCCUUCUUCGCUACGCUUCAACGCUCCCUCCCAGCGUCGCUCUCCUCUCGCGUGGUGUUCGAGUCUGUGUCCAGCACAUCUCAAUUGCAAGACGCACUUUCACGCGCGCAGGCCGAAGUCGCGCAAAAUCCGCGGAACGGAGGAGACAUCAUCGUAGUGGGUAGACAUGUUGGGCAAUUCAAAUCGAGUACAGCAGGAGGCAGCGCCAACGCGGCGACGACAGAGUGCCUGGGUGCGCCGGCGGAGAUUAUGGCGAGCAGUGGAAUCCGAGCGAGUUUGUUGGUCGUGCAGGCGAAGGGGAGUGGAAUGGAGUGA